CUCCGUUUACCUUCUGGUGAAGCAGAUCAGACUGAAAACUCUCUCACUGUCUCUUUCUCUCUCCUCUCCGCUCGCCGGCGAAGCAAAGAUGAUGCCGCCGGAGCUCCAACCGCGCUCCUUCCGGCCCUACAUACCGUCGUCCAUCAGCAGCCCGGCCUUCUCCUCCUUCAGCAAUGGCUCUCCUUCCUUCUCCCCUUCCCAAAACCCUAGCCCCAGCACCGGCAGCUUCUCCGGCGGCUCCAGCUCCAGUUUCGCCUCCUCCCGGUCCAUCAAGGGCUCCUCGCGCUUCUCCCCCACGGCGUUCGCCCAUAACGCCCGGAUCGCCAUCGCCCUGGUACCCUGCGCCGCCUUCCUCCUCGACCUCGGCGGCGGUCCGGUGGUCGCCACCCUGACGCUCGGCCUGAUGGUGGCUUACAUCCUCGAUUCGCUCAGCUUCAAGUCUGGCUCCUUCUUCGGCGUCUGGUUCUCUCUCAUUGCAGCUCAGAUCGCCUUCUUCUUCAGUUCGUCCCUCAUCACGACCUUCAACUCUGUCCCCCUCGCUUUGCUUGCAGCAUUCCUCUGCGCCGAGACGAACUUUCUGAUCGGCGUCUGGGCCUCGCUGCAAUUCAAAUGGAUCCAACUCGAGAAUCCAUCGAUAGUUCUGGCACUCGAGCGGCUCCUAUUCGCAUGUGUCCCAUUUGCAGCCUCGUCUCUCUUCACCUGGGCCACAGUCUCCGCUGUGGGCAUGCACAACGCUGCUUACUAUCUCAUGGCCUUCAACUGUGUGUUCUACUGGCUUUACUCUAUCCCAAGGCUUUCCUCAUUCAAAGCUAAGCAGGAGCUGAAGUAUCACGGAGGAGAGAUCCCCGACGAGAAUUUAAUUCUCGGGCCACUCGAGAGCUGCGUGCACACGCUAAAUUUGCUGUUUUUCCCGUUGCUGUUUCACAUUGCGUCUCAUUACUCAGUGAUGUUCUCAUCGGCGGCUUCUGUCAGCGACCUGUUCUUGCUCUUCUUCAUUCCAUUUCUGUUCCAACUGUAUGCCUCCACGAGGGGCGCUCUCUGGUGGGUCAGUAAGAACCCUCAGCAGGUACAGAGCAUUCGUGUCGUAAAUGGUGCUGUUGCUCUUGUGGUCGUUGUCAUCUGCUUGGAGAUUAGGGUCAUUUUCCACUCGUUUGGGAGAUAUAUUCAAGUGCCCCCGCCUUUUAACUAUCUGCUCGUGACGAUCACAAUGCUUGGGGGCGCUGCGGGUGCUGGUGCCUACUCCCUUGGAGAGGUGUCUGAUGAUUUUAGCUCCAUCGCCUUCACUGCUUUGGCUGUUGUCGUCAGUGCUGCUGGAGCAAUCGUCGUGGGAUUUCCCAUAAUGUUCCUUCCACUACCAGCAGUUGCAGGCUUUUAUUUUGCACGGUUUUUUACGAGGAAGAGUCUGCCAUCAUACUUCGCAUUCGUAGUGCUUGGGAGCUUGAUGGUCGCGUGGUUUGUAAUGCAUAAUUUUUGGGAUCUGAAUAUAUGGAUGGCAGGCAUGUCACUGAAAUCUUUCUGUAAACUUCUAGUUGCAAGUGUUGUCGUAGCCCUGAGUGUUCCUGGUUUAGCUCUUCUACCACCAAAACUUCAUUUUCUGACCGAGGUUGGUUUAAUCAGCCAUGCAUUGCUGCUAUGCUAUAUUGAGAAUCGAUUUUUCAGUUACUCCAGCAUAUACUAUUACGGGUUUGAGGAUGAGGUGAUGUAUCCUAGCUACAUGGUUAUCUUGACGACUUUUGUGGGCUUGGCUAUGGUGAGAAGACUUUCUGCAGACCAUCGAAUUGGACCAAAAGCCGUUUGGAUAUUGACUUGCUUGUACUCUGCAAAGCUCGUUAUGCUGGUUAUCACAUCAAAAUCUGUAGUUUGGAUGUCUACUAUCCUUCUACUGGCCAUUUCUCCUCCACUGCUGCUUUACAAGGAUAGGUCCAGAACUGCAUCAAAAAUGAAACCUUGGCAAGGUUAUGCGCAUGCUGGUGUGGUUGCUUUAUCUGUUUGGUUUUGCCGUGAAACAAUCUUCGAAGCCCUCCGGUGGUGGAAUGGGAGACCUCCGUCUGAUGGUUUACUUUUGGGUUUCUGUAUUGUUCUGACUGGAUUGGCUUGUGUACCCAUUGUUGCUCUCCACUUUUCUCAUGUCAUGCCUGCUAAGAGGAGCUUGGUGCUUGUAGUAGCAACUGGACUACUAUUUAUCUUGAUGCAGCCCCCAAUUCCAGUCUCAUGGACUUACCGGUCGGACUUAAUUAGAGCAGCCCGCCAAUCUGCUGACGACAUUUCUAUUUAUGGUUUUGUGGCGUCAAAGCCCACAUGGCCAUCAUGGUUGCUUAUUGCAGCUAUUCUGCUCACACUUGCUGCAGUAACAUCCCUCAGAUCUAUGAAAUACAUUGUUGAAUUAAGGACAUUCUACUCGAUAGCUAUGGGAAUUGCCCUCGGGGUCUAUAUAUCUGCAGAAUUCUUCCUCCAAGCUGCGGUUUUGCAUGCCCUCAUUGUCAUCACCAUGGUCUGUACCUCUGUAUUCGUUGUCUUCACCCAUUUCCCAUCUGCUUCGAGCACAAAGCUCCUGCCUUGGGUAUUUGCUUUGCUUGUGGCUCUCUUCCCAGUGACAUAUCUCUUGGAGGGUCAAGUGAGAAUCAAGAGCAUUCUUGGAGAUGGUCUUGCUGGGGAUAUGGGAGAGGAAGACAAGAAGCUGACGACUCUUCUGGCCGUUGAGGGUGCUAGGACCUCCCUGCUCGGCCUCUAUGCAGCAAUAUUCAUGCUUAUCGCUCUGGAAAUUAAGUACGAAUUGGCCUCAUUGAUGCGGGAGAAGGCAGUUGAGAGGGGCAGUGGGAUCAGGCACAGUCGAUCAAGUCAAAGUAGCAGCAGCUCUUCUGCUUUCCCUCGGAUGAGAUUCAUGCAACACCGUUUGGCCUCUAAUGUACCUGCCUUCACAAUCAAGAGAAUGGCUGCAGAUGGGGCUUGGAUGCCCGCAGUUGGUAAUGUUGCAACCAUUAUGUGCUUUGCAAUCUGCUUGAUCUUGAACGUAAACCUCACAGGUGGAUCAAAUCGGGCAAUCUUCUUCCUCGCGCCAAUACUACUACUUCUAAACCAAGAUUCAGAUUUUGUUGCUGGAUUUGGGGACAAGCAAAGGUACUUCCCAGUGACUCUGGUAAUUUCAGGCUACUUGGUCUUGACUGCCCUAUACAGCAUAUGGGAAGAUGUGUGGCACGGGAACUCAGGCUGGGGUCUGCAGAUCGGUGGACCUGACUGGUUCUUUGCUGUGAAAAAUGUGGCCCUCCUCAUCCUUACAUUCCCAAGCCACAUCCUCUUCAAUCGGUACGUAUGGAGUUACACGAAGCAGGCCGAUUCGAUGCCGCUGCUUGCCCUGCCCCUUAAUCUGCCAUCAAUUUUGAUAACCGACGUUCGGAAGAUUCAGAUACUGGGGCUGCUUGGGAUCGUUUAUUCCUUGGCACAGUAUCUGAUUUCUAGACAGCAAUACAUAUCUGGACUGAAGUACAUUUAGGUCGAAUGCAGACUUUGUACAAUAUUUGAUUUGGCAAAAUUUUCAAGCAAGAGAUCCAGUAGCCCAGGUUUGCCCCCUCACUCCGAAUCAUAUACCUCGCCCAGGCUCAUGAUUGCACUGGAUUGCCUGAACUGUCUCUGGAUAAGAUCCUUGUUGAGUUAUGAUGACUGUCUUCCUAUGUUUCUCUUCAGAACGUUGGGUAGCCCUUUGGUCAAUAGAUACAGCAGAUAGCUUUUACCUGAGCAAUCUCAGUUGUAGUUCUCGAACUUUUUUCUGAUUUCCAUGAUUCGGUUGCAACCCAGGCGCCGCUUGCUAUCUAUUCACAUCUCAUGCAUAGUCAGUCACAUGUACUUUAUUCUAUAGUUAAGAUUCCAAUUCGAGCACCCGAGCGCAGACAUUCUUUUCUUUUAGUGAUACUGUUAAAACGACUAUGGAAACUUCCUGUUGAGUUUGACUGUAAAAGUUGGUGCGCUGGGCGGGAUUUUGUUCCA